UAUGCGUCGCGGUCGCAACACACAAGUGGUGUAAUAAAAUAAAAAGGCUUAGUUUUAUCUUAAUUAGGGGUCAUGUGGCCGUGAUUCAAUAGAAACUCAAGUCAGUUCUGCGUGUGCACGCAUCGCGAAUGGCUGGCAACAUGAUGUGUGAGCAGCAUCCGCAGCCGCGGGGCCAAAAGCUGUCGCAGAUGACGUUGACGGCGGAGAGCGUCGAGUCGGUCGGCGUCGGCACGCCGACGAGCGCCAUUCCGCCCAAGUUCGGCGUCCGGAUGGACUUGGCCCACUUCUUCCGGAGCAACGAGGGCUUCCUCAAGCUGCUGCAGCUGGCCAUCGGGGUGGCGUGCGUGGCGUGCGCCGCCCCUGCUCUCAUUGACGGCACCUACGACCUGCCGGCCGGCUCCUACUGGUUCAUCGCGGCCACCGUUUUCUCGGUCGUGCUCACCUUCAUCUGGGUUCUCAUCUACCUCCUCUGCUUCAAGGAGCGAGCCAGAAAAUUUCCCUGGAGUUUGUUUGAAACGCUGUUGGUAAUUUGCCUGGCCAUUCUGUACGCGUCUGCUGGCAUCGCGCAGUUGGUUAUUUGGUCGUCGGCGCCGUACUCAGAUGUCAAAGAAGAAAACAUCAUCGCCGGCAGUCUUGCGCUCUUCAACGUCGUCUGCCACAGCGUCAGCUUGUACUACGCCAUGUCCAGAUGGUGCAAAGAGCUGAAUGCCGAAUAAAAUAUCAUUUUAAAAUUA